AUGUUUCCCAUGUCUUCCUUUUCUCUAAUAAAUAAAAAGGGGUAUAUCUCUAAUCGGCGCCAAAAAAAAAACCUCUAUUUCUUCCUGCUGCUACUACCUUUGGGCUUCUUUGCAGUUUUGUGCUUCGCAUUGGCGGCAGCAGAGGACGUGGACGGAGUCGCCUUUUUCACCACAGGCUUCUUUUCAGCCUUUUUCCUCGUCACCUUCUUGUUCUCGGGCUGUCGCUUCGGCUUCGCUGCAGCGGACCUUGCUGGCACCUUUGCUGCCACUCUUGGGGCGGCCUUUGCUGCUGCUGCGGCUGCUGCUGCUGCUGCUUUUGCUGCUGCUUUUGCUGAUGUUCCUCUAGUAGCCCUUGACGUGGGUGCCUUCGUGUGGACGCCUUUGCCCCGCGCGGUGGCUGCGGCCACUUUUGCUAACACCGUCGCGGCUGCCGCCGCAGGGGCAUGGUCCUUGCCGCCGCCUCGUUUGUCCUUCGUCCUUGACCUGCCUUUGGCCGCCGGCAUCGGCGUUGUUGCCACUCGACCCUUUCGAGUUGGCUCCACGGCAUGUCUUGGUGGUGCGUUUAGCCACUCCGAGAGUUUGUUAGGUUUCUUGCUGCUCCGCCGACUGUCGCCCUUUGCCCGCCGCACCGAUUGCCCAAUAACAUCGGCCCAGAAGCCCUUGCGGUCCCCGCCACUUGUUUCGGCCUCUGCCGGGCUCAUGUUGUACCCCGUGAUCUUUGUGAGACCUGCCUUCUUCAUGAAAUUUGACACGCCCUCGUUGGUGCCAUUCGGGGUCUUGGCGUACAUCUGGUUAAUAUCCUCGUCCAACGAGGACGCGUCGGGGGACUGCUGCGCCUUUGUCAAGGGAUUCUUCUUCGUAAUGACUGGCCGGCUUCGCGGACUAGAGGUGGGAUCCAGAAACAAGUGA